AUGGUCCGACCAUCGGCUCUCAAAUCGAUGGCUCAACUGCGGCUUUGUCGAUGGCUGAUCAUCAUUGGGAUCUCGCUGUUGAUAAUCAUCAUCUUCAACAGGGUCGAGGAUGUCGUGGAGAAAGUCGAGCUAAGCCGAAAUUUAUGCCAAAAUCUUGAUGCGAAGCGAUGCGGGAAAGCCUUGUGGCCCUUCAAACAGCGAUUCCGAUUGGCCAAAAAAUACAAGCUCCUCGGCUGUGCUAUCGAGAAAAACUUUAGCACGCUGCUCACAGCCAUUUUGUGCUUUCUCCACAACGAGGAUGCGUUUCGACGCGCCAAUCGAAGUUUGCUCAACGAGGAGUUUCAUCAUCGCUUUUGCGGUACUCGCAACGAGGGAACAAAUCUGACAACAAUCGAGGCAAAAUGGGAACCGAAUGAAGAAGCACGAAAAAGCUGGGCCUACAUUGCCAUUACACGCGAGCCGAUCGAUCGAUUUAUCUCCGGGUUUGUGGACAAAUGUUUGAAAGAGAAGACGUGGAUAAAAUACCCAACUCGAUGCAACGGCUGCAAGCAGAAUUUGACGUGUUUUACGGAGAAAAUGUACGCACGUAUCAUCUCACGCAGCUGGGGCCAACGGCUGCCAACCACUUUUGAUGACGACCACUUUUUUCCGCAGAGCUGGCGAUGCCAAUUUGCCGAAAACUUUGGGCGCUUCACUUUUCUGCGGUAUGAUGCAUCAAACACCAAGCCCUUUUUCGAGGAAUUAUACAGCGUUUUUCGACGUCAAAAUGUUCCUGAAGAAGCGGUGCGAUUCAUCGACAAAUCGCUUCACGCCGGUCGCACCGAGCACAGCACCCAGAAUUUUGAGCUUCGCCGCAACGCCGAAGCUGAAUUUCGGGCUAGCCGUCAUUUAAUGGAGCUGGUUACGAGAAUGUAUUACUUUGAUUUUACACUAUUUGGCUAUCCCGUUCCGAUUCUU